GUGGCGUACGAGAUUAUCGAGUGGUAGCAAACAUCGGACCCGGCGACUGUUCCGGCCGAGCCAGCUCUUCAACCAUAUCCGACGUGGGUGGGUUGUUGCAUUUCACUUUGAGGGCCAAAGGACAUGUAGUGAACCUGAGCAAUGAAUUAAAAGCGAAUUCCAGAGACUUUAUAGGCAAAGAUCGGCCAAUUGGCUGCAAGUGAUGGUAGUCUGGCCCCGUUGACCUGCAGUACCCCAGGUCCCCGAACCGAACCGAACCGAGCCACAUGGUGAUGGCAAGGAACGAAAAGAAUCCUUGAAGGAACUGUUUGCCAACGAUUAUACCAACAGCAUUAUCAUCGCAUGUCCCAUGUACAGUCUGCAUCGUUUCAUUCUAUUCGAUCCCUGAGACAAAGGACCAACAAAGCGUCAGUCCCUUUAGCAGGAUCAUCAUGGGGGAUUCACCUGCCGCAACGUCGGCCGAAAAGCCCCAACAGACGAACUCAGAACAAAAUGGCAACGUCCAGAGUGCUCUGGAUCGCAUCACCACGACCGCAUCUUAUGUUCCUCCUGAAAUGAGUCCGAUCCGUCGCCGCGCCGUCAUGUGUGCCCUCUGCCUGACUCUCCUCCUUAGCGCCCUAGACAUUACCAUCAUCGCCACGGCCUUGCCCACCAUCGCAGCAACACUUCAAGCCACAGCAUCGGAGUACGCUUGGGUGGGAAGCGCGUACACAUUGUCCAGCACGGCAUCUACACCGGUCUGGGCUAAGAUGUCCGACAUAUUCGGCCGGAAACUCACAAUUAUGACUGCGGCGGCGACGUUCAUGGCGGGAAGCCUGAUCGCGGCCUUGGCUGGGAACAUUCAAGUUCUCAUCGCUGGAAGGACUGUACAGGGGCUCGGAGGAGGUGGAUCGUUGGUUCUGGUCACAAUUGUAAUUGGCGAUAUCUUCAAGUUGGAGGAUCGAGCCAAGUAUUAUGGCAUGACUGGCAUCGUCUACGGGAUUGCGAGUGCUGUCGGCCCGGUACUUGGAGUCUUCAUCAACUUACCGUUCGAUGGCGUGGCCCUGAUUGUGUUAUUUUUCACCCUCAAGGUUGAAACUCCCAAAGAGCCAUUCAUUACCGGCCUUCGCGAACUCGAUUGGAUCGGUUUCCUUCUCAUCAUAGGUGGCACAAUUUGCUUCCUCUACGGCCUCGAAACAGGUGCCGGUGGCAUCGUUCCCUGGAGCUCUGCUUUGGUGAUUUGCCUCAUCCUGUUCGGAGUCCUCAUCCUCGCGCUUUUCGUCGUAUGGGAGGCUCGCUUCGCCAAGAAUCCCGUCAUUCCGUUCCGGAUCUUCCAAAAGGUUACCAACAUUGCCUCAUUCACCCUUGCCUGUAUACACAGCUUCGUGUUCAUAUCAUACGACUACUUUCUCCCGCUUUACUUCCAGGUCGUCCUCGGCUUCAAACCGAUUAUCGCUGGAAUUACGCUGUUCCCUCUGCUCAUCCCACUCACGUUCAUGACGAUGCUCGGGGGGCUGUUCACCCGGAAGACUGGCAACUAUAUUAUUCCUAUCUUCUUUGGCUCGACACUCAUGACUCUCGGAAAUGGCCUGUUCAUCAGCUUUGGCAUCAACACGGAGUGGGCUAAGAUCGCGGUUUUUCAAAUGAUCACUGGGUUUGGUGCCGGCCUGCUUUUCCAAAGUCCCAUGAUCUCGAUUCAGACUCACACGAAACAGAAGGAUAUGGCGGCUGCCAUGUCGGCCUUCAGUUUCGUGAGAUCUCUCUUUUCUUCGAUGUCGAUCGUUAUUGGAACGGUGUUGCUGCAGCAUAACCUGGGUGGUGGAGAGCUGACGGCGGGGAAGCUUGGUUCUGAAGAUGGGAACGAUGGAACUCUAGGGGCUAGCAAGACUAGCUAUAUGUCUGCGUUGCGUGUGAUGUGGGCAUUCUUCACUGGCGUCUCUGGGUGCAUGCUUCUGGCUGCCAUCUUUAUCAAGCCGAAGCCGAAAAAGUCAUCUCAGAGUGACGCAAGUUGAAAGAAAUGUCGUGAGAUAAACACAUUAGUUGGAAAUAUCUCUAGGAAAAUCGACAAGUGCCUGUGCAUUAGACAAGAUUCAAUGAAAGAUACAUGGCGUCAAACGCUGGCCGGGCAGGAUCUCAUAAGUCACAAUGACCAUCUAUCGCACAGACAGAGUGCAGGCGAAAUAAUAUAUGAGGUA